ACUUGGUGCUGUCAUAUUUGUUUUGGUGAUGGGAGGAGAUUGUGAUUGUGUUUUGUAAGGUUAUGUGCCCGAAGGUGGUUAUGUGACUUCGUGCCGAUUGAAAAGAAUCUGUUUUGCUUGUAAUUAAAUCAUUUAGCCGUUAACAGAGUGGAAAAAUGUUUCGCAAAAGUCUAGUUGCAUUCAGUGCAUUUACCAAAGCAUGCGGUUCGCCUCAUUAUAGAAAUUUGUAUUCAGCAUCGGCCCUUGGCAUUGAAGGGUAUCAGGCAUAUAGGGAGAAAACCCGUACCCAGCAUCUUCACAAUGUCGACAACUUCAAGCGCAAAAUGCGUGACUUUGUGUCCGGAUCGUCCACGAACAUGAUCUUUACCGAGGAUUUGAAAAACAUCAUCCAUUUGAUCGAUAACACACCGGAAGAUAAGCAGCUGCUAAAGGACACGGUCAUGCGGUACAACCAGCAGGGCAAAGAGCUGCGGUUCGGCAAUUAUGUGUUCGGUCCGGUCAUUAUGCGCGCCUGUCACCAUUUGGGCGAUGCGGAUUUGGCGCUUGAUCUGUUCAAAACUGCCGGUGCGGAUGGAUUUUUUGAACAGCUGACUAGUUAUCAAAUAUUGGGCGAUAUGCUGUACGAGAAGGGUCGCUACCAGGAUGUGCGGGAAUUGUUCGAUGCGAUCAAAUCUCAUCAGAUACAGGGAGGUCGGUUUCCCAAACAUUGCAUUACGCUUACGUUUGCCGCUUGUUACAAGGAAAACACGGCCGACUCGUUCAAGUACGCGAUGGAUCUGUGGAAGGAGCUGAAUUCCGUCGGUCAUGUACCGAUGCGAAAGGCAACUGCGUUUGCAGCGGCACUCGCGUUAAGCAACGGCCGACCGGAAAUAGCUAUAGAGAUUCUAGGCACUAUUGCUAAGGGCAACUAUGUGACCGUGCGGCAAUUAAAAACGUUGUCCCUGUGCGCACUGAACCGGCUGGAAGAUGUGGUACCGAUCUUUCGCUCGGUGCUGGAAGUGAAGGGACCGUUCGAGAAGCAGCAAACUUUCUGCCGGGAAGUGAUUCAAAAGGUACAAGACACGGUUAAGGAGGCGAAGGCGAUAAACCCUUCGACCACGGUACAAGACCUGGAACGGAUGCUGGAAUACCUCGAAACUAAUGGACAGAUCGUGAACGAAACGUUGGACAGCAUGCUUUGUUCGGAGAUAGUGUCGACGGCGCAGCGAAACGACGGCAAGAGCAACCUUGCGGAUAGUUACAAUACACGGGGCGGUCGUAUGCAGGAGCAGCGAAACUUUCGACCAACCAAAAAGUAUCAACAAAUAAGACCAGGUCUGUCGGAUAUGAACUAGCGAGCGCGAGCUCAAGAAAAGGCAGCGUAAUAAAAAAAAGAACCCUGUCUCUAGUGAUGGAA